AGCGAAUCCUUGCGCAAUCGCGACCAUUUACGACGGGAAAGCGUGAGUAUUGCUGGAGUCAGAGGCGACGGGCACGACGAGGCGGCCGACGCCUGGGCCGCAGCGAUGGGCCUGCAGUAGCGGCCCAACACUCCAUCGAAGGGGCUUCUGGACUUCCCCCACAUAAUUGUCGUCUGCCAGAACUAAGAUGACUGUAAUUAAUGACUGGGUGACUGGUACCAAAUUCGGCGGAUGGGUGCAAAGAUGCCGGGAGUCGCGCCGCCUCGUUUUGGUCAUCGUCGCCAUAGCACUUCUUUUGGAUAACAUGCUACUCACAACAGUCGUGCCCAUUAUCCCGGAGUUCUUAUAUGACAUAAACCAUCCAGACGCACCACUAGGAUCAGCAAGGAUGAUGACUACUACUACGACAACAAGUACUUUCCCUCCUUGUCCUUGUGAACAAUUUAAUCAAAGUGCCAACAAUAAUUCGUCGACAACACCAACAAGUGUAGAUAACUAUAAUUAUACCACGAUAGAUCCCGAGGAGGAGGAAAGAAAGCUAAGGCACAAAGAUUUGGUGCAGGAAACUGUUCAAGUGGGAAUAAUGUUUGCCUCGAAGGCAUUUGUGCAGUUACUGGCCAAUCCCUUUGUUGGUCCUUUAACUCACAAAAUUGGCUACAGUAUUCCCAUGUUCGCAGGUUUCAUCAUAAUGUUUCUGUCUACAAUAAUUUUUGCGUUUGGUAGAAGCUAUAGUGUAUUAUUCAUAGCAAGAGCCCUUCAGGGUAUUGGAUCGUCUUGUUCCAGCGUAUCGGGUAUGGGAAUGCUUGCAGAGAGGUAUCCAGAUGACAAGGAAAGAGGAAAUGCGAUGGGCAUAGCUUUAGGAGGACUCGCUUUGGGAGUUCUAAUUGGACCUCCGUUUGGUGGUGUCAUGUACGAAUUUGUAGGAAAAUCGGCGCCAUUUUUAAUUCUUUCGGCGCUGGCCCUUGGAGAUGGGCUGCUUCAACUUUUAAUGCUACAACCGUCAGUUAUAAGGCAGGAAUCAGAUCCACCAUCACUUAAAGCUUUGGUUACAGAUCCAUAUAUCAUUAUAGCGGCCGGUGCUAUAACUUUUGCCAAUAUGGGGAUCGCAAUGUUAGAACCAUCGCUUCCUAUUUGGAUGAUGGAUACCAUGGGAGCCGGAAGAUGGAAACAAGGCGUUACAUUUCUCCCUGCAAGCAUAUCAUACCUAAUUGGUACAAAUUUAUUCGGUCCUUUAGGACAUAGAAUGGGCAGAUGGUUAGCUGCUUUAUUAGGAUUGAUUGUAAUAGGUGUAUGUUUGAUGUUGAUACCUUUAGCGAAAAAUAUCAACCAUUUGAUUGUUCCAAAUGCUGGGCUUGGUUUUGCCAUCGGUAUGGUCGACAGCUCCAUGAUGCCAGAAUUGGGUUAUUUGGUGGACAUUCGACACACUGCAGUUUAUGGAAGCGUAUAUGCCAUCGGUGACGUUGCUUUUUGUUUGGGUUUCGCUAUCGGUCCUGCGAUGAGCGGAACGUUAGUUAAGACAAUUGGUUUUGAAUGGAUGCUAUUUGGAAUAGCCAUUUUGAAUUUCAUGUAUGCUCCGUUACUGUAUUGUUUGAAGAGUCCACCAACUAAAGAAGAAAAACGAUCGCUGUUAAUGGAAGAAAAAUCAUCAUCCGUAAGAUAUGUGACAUACCAGAAUGAUGACGAUGAUGAGUAGCUGGAAAAUGUUUAAUAUAUAAAGAGUAGUUAAUUAUUGUAAAAAAUCACAAUAUAAUGUUAGCAACAUUGUACAAAAAAGAGAUUAAUUAAGAAAUUGAUAAAAAAACAUUGUAAUAUGUUUCUAACUUCAACAUUCAACAACAUUUUUUUCUGUUUCGUAAUUUGUUCUUUUAGGUUGUUCACUUUGUGUUUUCGCAUAAAUGAUAGGAGUACGCGCAAAUAUUUUCAAAAUUGAUUUACAAGGGUCUCCGUUUUGGAUUAUCGUGAAUGGCUGCACGUAAUCCUUUCCUUGUAAUUUUCGGAAACGGGGCAAUAAGGCGCCUUUGACUAUUCGGGAUUAAAAUGACAUUUAAAAAUUAAAUUAAACAGUUCUCCUAUCGAGGCCCGAAAAAUGAUUGCCAAGUACAUUAUAAAGUAUAUUCAUUAAUGUCUAUAUAACUAUUAAACUUAGUAAAAAAUUAGACGUAAAACAGUAUCAGUAGAGAAAAAAAUAUCAUUCUACGAGAAUUGCUGAGCCAAUCAAAAAUCUAUAUGGGCUAUCUGGUAUGCAGUAAGGGGACCUUAGUGUUGCUUAUUAUUAUAAAUAAUAAACAUAUAACCACUCAGCUAUAUCUGUUGUGUUUUAUGUAUAAUGACGAUUGAAAUAAAUCGUCUUCUCAAAUAUCAUAAUCUGAUGUGAAACUCAGAAAGAUUAUUGCUAGAAGACAAUAAUCUCUGUCCCAACCUAAAUAACAAAAAAAAUUGUAAUAAUUUUUUGUUUCGAAGCUGGUGAGGGUCCGAAAAAAAUGGGCAAUGUUGCGACGGCAUGUUGCCUCAUCACUAUUUUUACUAAACAUUAGGGCCAAUGUUAGGUACCUGGUUUAAACGUAGGUAGCUUGUUGUUGCAUGCUAGUUAUUUUAUGAUCGACAUCUAUUAAGAUCAUUGUUAAAUCUGUUCUAGGUGGUAAAUAAAUGUUUGAUGUUCAUAUCCAAUCUCUGGUGCAAUAUUAAAAUAAAAUAACUCCAUAAGUAAAAAACA